AUGGCAAAGCCUUCCCCGGUGAAGAUACCAACCACAACUCUAGAUGAUUACGCUCACAGUCCAUUCCAUUACGCCGUCGUUUCAGGAGACCACCCCGGUUUGCUCCGUCUCGUCUCAUCCUUACCCAAACUAACCGAACCAGAACAAAUCCACACAGAGUCCGACUCAAUAAGCCAAGACCGUGUCGCCGAGAUAAUCUCUGCCGUCAUCGACCGCCGCGACGUUCCAUUCCAAGAAACGCCUCUCCACUUAGCGGUCCGUCUUGGCGACCUUCUCGCCGUGAAGACAAUAUCUUCAGCCGGCGCUGAUGUCACGCUUAAGAACGUCGCCGGUUGGAACGCUUUGAACGAGGCGGUUUCUCGUGGGAACGCCGAGAUCACGGAGAUUAUUCUCCGUGAUCAAAGACGUUCGGGUUGGUGUAAGUGGAGACGUAGGCUGCCGUAUAUGAUCGCGGUUCUUGGCCGCAUGAGAGACUUCUACUUUGAGGUUUCUAUCGAUUUCGAGAGCUCCGUGAUACCUUUCUUCGAGAUGAUGGCUCCUUCCGAUACUUAUAAAAUAUGGAAACGAGGCAGUGAUCUACGUGUCGAUACGUCGUUAACCGGGUUCGACCGGUUUAAAAUUCGCCGCGCAAACCAGAGAUUUCUCUUCCUUAGUGAAGAGGACGAGUCUCCCGGUACGUUGCUUGUGUUGAACAGAGAUGACAAAACGAUAGCAAACGCAAACGCUUUUGAGAAGGCUGGUGAUUCGGGUAGUGUUAGUGAGAUGGAUGUUACGAAAGCAGAGCUCGUUGUGUUGAAGAAUUGGCGAGGGAAAGAGAAGGUUGAGACCGUUGGAGAGUGGAAAGCUAAAGGUUACGAGGUCAAGAACGUGAGUUUCAGUUCCAAAACAGAGAAGAAGAACUCGCUUUCGGACAAGGAGAAUGGUCGGAGUUUUUCAAAACCGUUAUUGAGACAGCUCAGUUGUUCCAACGUUGAGGUGAAAGAAGUUCAGAAAUCGUUGCGGAGGAGGAGAAAGUCGGUUUCUUUACCGGCGGCUUCUGUUCCGGUGACGGCUUCUUGGCCGGUGAUCAAAGAGAAGGAGACUGUGAAGAGCUUGAGUCCUACGGUUUGGUUAACGAAUGAUUUUCCUUUGAAUACGGAGGAGCUGCUUCCGGUGCUUGAUAUUUUAGCCAUUGAUGUUGAAGCCAUUCGGAGAAUGAAGGAGCUGCUCACCGUUAAGUUCCCGGUGGGAAGUUUCCCGGUUAAGUUGUCAAUACCGGUGAUACCAACGGUGAAGGUAGUGAUGACAUUCAGCAAGUUCGUGGCUCUCCCGGCGAUGGAUGAGUUCUACACACCACUGUCAAGCCCGAGACAUAUCUCAGCUGGAAUCGAAGACCAAUGCGACGUGGAAUCUGACAAAAGAACAUCAACUUCACGGCCUUUGUUUACUACAAAGCCGUCUUGGCUGAGACUGAAGGCUACCAAGAAACGCUCAUAUCGACGGUUGAAGAAGGAGCAGGCACAAAUGGUGGACCCAUUUGCAAUACCAGCAGGGUAUACGUGGACGAGCAAGUCAAACUAA